CACCGUCUCCAGGCCACAAAACAUGACAAGGAAACGGUUGAAAAGCAUACCAUUCUAUUGACCCCGUCUCCAAAUCCUACUUUGGAAAACAUGGAGAAAAGCCCUCGUCCACUCCUCUCCUCUUCUUUCCUUGAGAGGCAAAAAGAAAACCAGAAGUUUCUCUCUUCACCGACCCCAAGUCCUUCAUCCUCCUUGUCUUUCCCCACCAAAGUUAGCCACCCUGGGUUUGAACCGACGGAAAGCUGGUAAGUUGUUCCUCCCUACGAUAAGUUUAGAAACAACGAGGCAAAAAAAGCCGAAAGGUGUGCCCCACCCUCCUUUCCGCUCUCUUCCCUCCGCCGCUUCGCUCUCUCUCUCUCUCUCCUCCCGCUCCGCCCGCUCCUGCUCGCGCUGCCGCCCUCGCCGGCCCCAUCGAUCCCUCUCCCUCCAAGCCUCCAUGUGGCUGCCGUGGGGUACGAUCCCUCGCGGCAAAGCCGCCCCCACCUCCCUGGCCUCCAAGUCUCCCCUCUGUCGCUCUUCCUCCCUAACCUCCUCCUUCAAGGACGUCCAUGACCUGCUCGAUGAAGGGGCCGCCGUUAGUCCCGCCCCAGUUGCGAAGGCGGCCCCGGUCCUCCACCGCCUCUGGUCGGUGUGCUCCGCUCUUCCCUCGUGGCGCUUCCUGCCCACCUCCCUCCUGGAUCCCCAUGGCCUCCCCUCCGGGAAGGAGAAGCGGAUCGUGCUCUACUUCACCUCCCUCCGAGUGGUCCGCAAGACCUUCGAGGACUGCCGCACCGUUCGAUCCAUCCUCCACGGCUUCCGCGUCGCAAUCGACGAGCGUGAUCUGUCGAUGGACAUGGCGUUCCUCGGAGAGCUGAAGGGGAUCCUCGGCCAGCGGCAACUCAGCCUCCCCCAGGUGUUCAUCGGCGGGCGGUACAUCGGGGGGGCCGACGAGAUCCGGCGGCUCAACGAGGUCGGCGAGCUCCAGAAAUAUGUGGAUGGGGUCCCGCGGGCGACCGCCGCCUGUGAGGGCUGCGGCGGGAUUCGGUUCAUUUUGUGCCAGAUUUGCAACGGAAGCCGCAAGGUGUAUACCGAGAAGGCCGGUUUCCGGUGCUGUACCGCCUGCAAUGAGAACGGCCUCAUCCGGUGUCCCAAUUGCAGCUCCCCCACCGUCUGAUCGAGAUUGGAGGGACGAGGGGACAUCAGAGAUGUGCGCGAAGAAGCAAGGCCUAUAUGUACAGGCAGCGAAAGGAUGCGCUGCAAGGGGAAGCAAGAAGCUGGGGUUUCUGAAAGGAUUCAAAUCCCUCCCCGCUUCUUCUUCUAUUCCUUGGUACUGUUAUUUUUCUUUUUUUUCUUUUUUAUGUAAUAUAGGAAAGAGGGAGGGACCUAAUGGAAUCUUUUCGUGGUCUUGAUUGGGAGCUUUUGUUUGGAAUUAUGGAUUCCUCUUCUGCCUUCUGCUGCCGUGUUGCAGCUUGUAACCGAAAGGUAAGGACAAAUAGAAGAUGAUGGCUUUCUUUUCUUUUCGUUUCUUUCGUUUGGCUCCCAUAGAAAUGGUUAUAAAUUUGAUGGGAUGUGAGUCGGGUUCAAACCAGACCAGCUGCUCGAAAUGUACUCGAGGUCUACCCAGGUUCCAUCUCGAUCCGGCUCGACCAUCAUCAAGCUCAAGUAAUAGAUUGCUGAAUUCGAAACCUCCCUAAUCCAUUCAAAUAUGUAUAUUUUUAAUAAUAUUAUUUUUAUUA